UGGAUUGAUUUUGUUGUGUCGUCUGCUCAGAAGAAAUCUAGACCAGACUGCGCCCAACAGCUGAUGUGAUCGCGUGCAUCAAGUGUGGGGUUUUCUAGAUUUGUCAUAAUCAAGAUUUUUUUGGCGAGGAUGAGUCAACAAUGUACGUGGAGCUCGAAAUUUUCAAAUCUGGAAAAUUACAAGGGAUUUUUCCCGAGCUUCGCGGAAGACCAGCUUGAUUUGUCCACCGUUUUUUCGACGGGAGAGAUGAGAGAUCGAUGUGAGGAUCUGGUCGAGGUAAAAUGCGAUCGUUCAAAAAUUGGAAGUUCAGUGGUGAGACACGCUGAACAGACGACGAAGCAAACAAGAAAAAGUUCCCCCGAGGUGAGUGAAGGGAACGGUAGCAGCAGCGGUAGCGGCAGCGGCGGCAGUAGCGGGGGAGGUAGCCGUAGCCCCGGGACGAGAAGACGCGUGCUACGCAAGGCCAAGACGCCUCGGCCUAGCGCCCGGAGAAACGACCCGAGAUUCCGAGGGGUCACUUUCUGCGUCGAGACACAAAUCUGCCGCGAAAAGAGGCACAGAUCACAGCUGAACAUUCGGUCCUUUUACAGCAUAAAGAAGAAGUUUUCUCAAGAUGACCAAGCUAAAGGCCACGCGAAGACGCAACGACGAAAGCUUUCCGUGGUGUCGUCAACUAGCGGCUCUGAUGAGGCCGAGACAAGGGUGGCACAACGCAUCGCUAUCCCGUACGCCGGCAUUGUGUAUGGAGACAAACAAUGUGCCUCCUGCUUAACUAGACGGACCCCUUUGUGGCGGGAUGCAGAGGAUGGAACACCACUCUGUAAUGCAUGUGGCAUAAGGUACAAGAAGUACCGCAUCCGCUGCAUUGUCUGCUGGAACAUUCCCAAGAAGGAUGGCAAGUCAUCAUGUCAAGUGUGCUCUCGAUGUGGAAACGCCCUCCGGUUUACCAUACCCAAGCGAUCCUUCUGCUAAUAUGGUGUCGACCUCAUGAGUUACGGUACGCAAAUAUCCACUAAAUAUUGCAAAAUUUGCCAAAUCAACAACAUUUGGCUUAACUGACGACCACAAUUAAAAGACAUCAGCGAGGUGUAUGUCACACAUAUCCUUAUCCCAUUAGCAACUGUUAGUACUUUGUGGGGUGGGGGGGGGGGGCACAUGCCCCCCAUAAAAAAAUUGUCGUCCCCCACUGGAAAUUUGUUAGUCCUAUAAGUGACCAUGGUUAACAGGUUUAACAGAAAUUGGGUUCCGCCCCCCCCCACCACCAACGCCCCCACUGUAACAUCCAG